AUGGGUGAGAUAAAGGGCAGCGUUUUGCCUGUAUCUGUGACAUUUGAUUUCGUUGAAAGGGUCUCAAGGCUGCAUUUCCUUGUGCUGCAGGUGCAGGGGCCCGUACUGGUGGAGGACACUUGUUUGUGCUUCAAUGCCCUCGGGGGCCUCCCUGGUCCUUACAUAAAAUGGUUUCUGGAGAAGUUAAAGCCUGAAGGUCUCCACCAGCUCCUGGCCGGGUUCGAGGACAAGUCAGCCUAUGCACUCUGCACGUUCGCGCUCAGCACUGGGGACGCAAGUGAGCCUGUGCGCCUGUUUAGAGGCCGGACCUCGGGCCGGAUUGUGGCACCCCGAGGCUGCCGGGACUUUGGCUGGGACCCCUGCUUUCAGCCUGAUGGAUACGAGCAGACGUAUGCAGAGAUGCCCAAAGCUGAGAAGAAUGCCAUCUCCCAUCGCUUCCGGGCCCUUCGUGAGCUGCAGGAAUACUUUGGUGGCCUGAGUCCUGGGGCCAAUAAUGAGCACACUGGCCAGGGAUCUGGGGAAGGCUAGCCUGCAACCUCCCCCAUCAGGCAGGCACCCCUCCAAGUGCGUCCUUCAGUGUUACCACUUCUGGGAGUGCUGAGACUUGACAGCCUCACGAGACCAGCCUCAUUGGUUUGGAGGGGCAGCUGUUGCUGUUUGGACAAGGGACACUGUUCUCUUCCCCUUGGGGAUUCAGUGGCCUCUCCUACAACCUUCAGGCCUGGGAUCCUGAAAGGCCCUUGGGUGUUAAACUGGCCUUGGCAAGAUUGGGGGUUUGGGAAAGAACCACACGGUCUUAGAGGUUUUAAAAUACGGCAAAUAAAAAUGCUGGAAGGCACUACAAAAUAAA